AUGUUAGAUCAUUGGUGUUGGGGAACUAAAUCCUAUCGACCGGACCUUGAAUUACGGCGGAAACAACUUCCUCCGGUGGUACUCCCGACGGCGAACGCGCGCGUGUUUGCUAUAUCGAACGCGCUGGAUAUAGAGCAAGACCCAGGGAAAUAUAAGUGUCAGUUGUAUUUGCCUCUUACGUUGCCUCCGACGGUACGACGAAAAAACUUUAGUUAUGACUAUAUUCUAGCGAUUGCAAAUAAGCAGCCGGAUAGUAAGAGGCGAGAUGGCACGCAGCGCGACAGCAAAAAGACGCCUGGGGAAGCAACGAACCUCGAGCUUAAGGGGAGGCCGUUGACGACGAAUUCUCUGUCCAGGUCUUUUGGAGAAGACUCUGUGCUGGAAGACAACUUCAGCGGCAGCAAACAAUGCUCAUUAACUCUGAAGGUUGAGCCUUCCCUGGCACUUCUCGCUCCAUUAACGGAAUGGAUUCCUACUUUUGUCAAGUACCGGGAUCUGAGCAAAGCCUUGCUACCUCCCCCACCCAUAUUCCCGCCCCUACCCAACCGACCGGGCACUCCCAGCUCCCUCGCACUCGAUCCGAGACUUACCUAA